CCAGGCAGCCUCGGGAGCCGCGCUCAUUCUCCUCCCUCUCCCUGCCAGCCGGUGUGUCCGCGGCGGCGGGAGGCGGAGGCGGCGGGAGAGGAGGGGAGAGAGGAGCGGAGCGAGGAGAGAGAGGAGCGGCGGAGUCCGGGGCCGCCCGGGAGAGCCGCGGCGGCGGGAGAGCCCCCAAGUCCGCGCAGCCCCCGCCAGCGCUCGGCACCGCGCCGCGCUCCUGCCCUCCUCCAGUUCCCGCUCCGCUGCCACUGAGGAGGGAGGUGCAGGGGACACGGCUUUAAUUUUUUUUUUUUUCUUCAUUAUCUUUUUUCUCUUUUGAGGGGAUGCUGAGAAAGCAAGCCGUUCCCCUCCCGUGUAGCACAUUGCCUGGGCGUUCCUAUUAUGGAAGUUAAGUGAGAAACUCUACAGCUUGAACUGAUUUGGGGAGAGAAAGGGAGAGAGAAAGGGGGUAGGGGGAGGGCGAGAGCGAGAGGAAGGCAAAAUAGCCGAACCAAACCAAUGGUUUUCCUGCAAAGUGCCGGGAAGUUUGUGGAGCACUUUCUAGGAAUCAGGUCCUUUCUCAGAGUCUCUCCUUGUCUUCCGAAGAAAGAGCUUGCUUUUGGAUUGCCAUGGAUCCUAAAGAGAGUCUUAGACACACUUGAAUAAUUCCCCUGCUUGGGUUGGAUUGGUGGGAAUUUAGGAAGGAGCGUGUGUGCAAAGCAGAAGCCUUCGGAGCUCACUCGCUGCUUCUCUAAUCUGUAUGGAUCUAAAAGUGUCACAUUCAAGACCUUUGCAUCUCCAGCUUUUGAAUUGAAGAUUUCCCUUUCCACUUUAAGUAGCUGCUAGGAAACUGAAAACUUUUGGACCUACCUCUUACUGGCUUUGGAUACUUUUUUCUUUUUUUUCUCUUUUUUUAAAUUUUUUUUAAAAAAUCUCUGUGGAAUUGGUCUCGCAAGCGAUCGGGAUUGUUUUUAAUAUGUCAAAAUGGGUCUGCUGACGCCACUCCUGCUCUUCGGAUUUGCGUUUUUACAAGUCUGUGGAUCCCGUCUCCGCCAAGAGGACUUUCCACCGCGGAUUGUUGAGCAUCCCUCAGACGUGAUAGUGUCCAAAGGAGAGCCGACCACCCUGAACUGCAAGGCAGAGGGCAGGCCCACGCCCACCAUCGAGUGGUACAAGGACGGCGAGCGGGUGGAGACGGACAAGGAUGACCCGCGCUCCCACCGCAUGCUGCUGCCCAGCGGAUCUUUAUUUUUCCUGCGCAUCGUGCACGGGCGCAGGAGCAAACCCGACGAGGGCAGCUACGUUUGCGUAGCCAGGAACUACCUUGGGGAGGCUGUGAGUCGCAAUGCGUCCCUGGAAGUGGCAUUGCUGCGGGAUGAUUUCCGGCAGAACCCGACGGAUGUGGUGGUGGCAGCGGGAGAGCCUGCAAUCCUGGAGUGCCAGCCGCCCCGGGGGCACCCCGAGCCCACCAUCUACUGGAAGAAGGACAAAGUCCGCAUUGACGACAGGGAGGAGCGCAUCAGUAUCCGUGGUGGGAAGCUGAUGAUCUCCAACACCAGAAAAAGUGAUGCAGGGAUGUACACGUGUGUGGGGACCAACAUGGUGGGGGAGCGCGACAGCGACCCUGCAGAACUGACUGUCUUUGAGCGGCCCACGUUUCUCAGGCGACCGAUUAACCAAGUGGUGCUGGAGGAGGAGGCCGUGGAUUUCCGGUGCCAGGUGCAGGGGGAUCCCACUCCCACAGUGCGGUGGAAGAAAGAUGACGCAGACUUACCGAGAGGAAGGUACGACAUCAAGGACGACUACACGCUGCGCAUCAAGAAAGCCGCGAGCAGCGACGAGGGAACCUACACCUGCAUCGCCGAGAACCGCGUGGGGAAGGUGGAGGCCUCUGCCACGCUCACCGUGCGAGCUCGCCCCGUUGCUCCCCCACAGUUUGUGGUGAGACCACGAGACCAGAUUGUAGCCCAGGGUCGAACUGUGACUUUUCCUUGUGAAACUAAAGGAAAUCCCCAGCCAGCUGUUUUCUGGCAAAAAGAAGGAAGUCAGAACCUACUCUUCCCAAACCAGCCUCUGCAGCCCAACAGCAGAUAUUCAGUGUCACCAACUGGGGACCUCACCAUUACCAACAUCCAGAGGUCUGAUGCAGGCUACUACAUCUGUCAAGCACUGACGGUUGCUGGAAGCAUUUUAGCAAAGGCUCAGCUGGAGGUUACUGAUGUCCUGACAGAUCGGCCUCCGCCCAUCAUCCUCCAGGGCCCCGUCAACCAGACCCUGGCCGUGGAUGGCACAGCUCUGCUCAAGUGCAAGGCCACUGGUGACCCCCUCCCUGUCAUCAGCUGGCUCAAGGAGGGCUUCACCUUCCUGGGCCGGGACCCUCGGACGUCCAUACAGGACCAGGGCACGCUCCAGAUCAAAGCUCUGCGGCUCUCUGAUACUGGGACUUACACUUGCGUUGCUACAAGUUCCAGUGGGGAGACGUCCUGGAGUGCUGUGCUGGAGGUGACAGAAUCUGGUGGAGCAACAGUCAGUAAAAAUUAUGAUACAAAUGACCUCCCUGGGCCACCAUCCAAACCUCAGGUCACUGAUGUUACUAAGAACAGUGUCACCCUGUCCUGGCAGCCAGGGACCCCUGGAAGCCUACCAGCUAGUGCAUAUAUCAUUGAGGCUUUCAGUCAGUCUGUGAGCAACAGCUGGCAGACGGUGGCCAACCACGUGAAGAGCACGCUGUACACCGUGCGGGGCCUGCGCCCCAACACCAUCUACCUCUUCAUGGUCAGAGCCAUCAACCCCCAGGGCCUGAGCGACCCCAGCCCCAUGUCCGACCCCGUCAGAACCCAAGAUAUCAGCCCCCCAGCACAAGGUGUGGAUCACAGGCAAGUCCAGAAGGAGCUGGGAGAUGUCAUUGUACGGCUGCACAACCCUGUUGUGCUGACACCCACCACAGUGCAAGUCACCUGGACGGUGGACCGGCAGUCCCAGUUUAUCCAGGGCUACCGCGUGCUGUACCGCCAGACCUCGGGCCUGCCCGCCCCGGCCACGUGGCAGAACCUGGAGGUGAAGGUGCCCACCGAGCGCAGCGCCGUCCUCGUCAGCCUCAAAAAGGGGGUCACCUAUGAGAUCAAGGUGCGCCCUUACUUCAAUGAGUUCCAGGGCAUGGACAGUGAAUCCAAGUCUGCUCGUACCACAGAGGAAGCUCCAAGUGCUCCUCCUCAGUCUGUCACUGUCCUGACAGUUGGAAAUCACAACAGCACAAGCAUCAGCAUCUCCUGGGAUCCUCCCCCUCCAGAUCACCAAAACGGAGUCAUCCAGGAGUACAAGAUCUGGUGCCUAGGUAAUGAGACUCGGUUUCAUAUCAACAAAACAGUAGAUGCAGCCAUUCGGUCUGUAGUAAUAGGUGGCCUAUAUCCAGGUAUCCAGUACCGCGUGGAAGUUGCUGCAAGCACCAGUGCAGGUGUGGGAGUAAAAAGUGACCCACAACCCAUAAUAAUAGGAGGUCGCAACGAAGUUGUCAUCACCGAAAAUAACAACAGCAUAACUGAGCAAAUCACUGAUGUGGUGAAGCAGCCUGCCUUCAUAGCUGGCAUUGGUGGUGCCUGUUGGGUCAUCCUCAUGGGUUUCAGCAUAUGGCUCUACUGGAGGAGAAAGAAGAGGAAGGGGCUCAGCAAUUAUGCUGUUCAGUCCUUCACCUUCACCCCUGCAGUCACCUUCCAAAGAGGAGAUGGAGGACUAAUGAGCAAUGGAAGUCGACCAGGUCUGUUGAAUGCCAGUGACCCCAGUUAUCCUUGGCUUGCAGACUCUUGGCCUGCCACAAGUCUGCCAGUAAAUAACAGCACUAGUGGACCCAAUGAUCUUGGGAAUUUUGGUCGUGGAGAUGUGCUGCCACCAGUGCCAGGGCAAGGAGAUAAAACUGCUACCAUGCUUUCUGAUGGAGCCAUUUACAGCAGCAUUGACUUCACCACCAAAACCAGUUACAACAGCUCCAGCCAAAUAACCCAGGCUACGCCAUAUGCCACCACCCAGAUCCUGCAUUCCAACAGCAUCCACGAGCUGGCCGUCGAUUUACCAGACCCGCAGUGGAAAAGCUCAAUUCAGCAAAAGAAUGACCUCAUGGGAUUUGGUUACUCUCUCCCAGACCAAGGCAAAGGCAACAAUGCCUUGCUUUACAUCCCUGACUACCGGGUGGCUGAGGGACUGGCUAAUAGAUUGCCACACAACCAGUCACAGGAUUUCAGCACCACCAGCUCCCACAACAGCUCCGAAAGGAGUGGCAGCCUCUCAGGUGGCAAAGGAGGGAAAAAGAAGAAAAACAAAAAUACUGCCAAGCCCCAGAAAAAUAAUGGUUCAACCUGGGCCAGUGUUCCCCUGCCACCCCCUCCUGUGCAGCCACUUCCAGGCACAGAGCUGGAGCACUAUGGGGUGGAUCAGCAAGAAGCAGGAUAUGACAGUGAUGGUUGGUGUCCACCUUUGCCAGUUCAGACCUACCUGCAUCAGGGCAUGGAAGAUGAGCUUGAGGAAGAUGAUGAUCGUGUCCCCACACCUCCUGUCCGGGGAGUAGCUUCAUCUCCUGCCAUCUCCUUUGGGCAGCAGUCGACUGCAACUCUCACGCCUUCCCCACGAGAGGAGAUGCAGCCAAUGCUUCAAGCUCACCUUGAUGAGUUAACAAGGGCUUACCAGUUUGAUAUAGCAAAGCAGACAUGGCACAUCCAAAGCAAUACACAACCUCCUCAGGCUCCAGUUCCUCCCCUAGGAUACGUAUCUGGAAACCUCAUUUCAGAUUUGGAAACAGAUGUUCCAGAUGACGACGACGAUGAGGAUGACAUUGAAGAAGAAACUGUAGAACUCAGCAGGCCACUAAGAGGUCUAGAGCAUACUCCAGGCUCCAGUAUGGACAAUCUAGACAGCUCUGUAACAGGCAAAGCAUAUUCUUCCUCUCAGAGACCUCGGCCAGGCAGUCCUUUCUCUACUGACAGCAGCACGAGUGCCGCUGUCAGUCAGGGUCAGAGGCAGAGGCCCACGAAGAAACACAAGGGCGGGCGUUUGGAGCAGCCCCCUCUGCCUCAUCGCCGCGAGGGAAUCACGGACGAUCUUCCACCACCACCCGACCCGCCCCCCGGUCAGGGUUUAAGGCAGCCCAUAGUGCCCGGCCAGCGCGGAGGCUCUGCCGAGAGGAAGGGGAGCUCUCUGGAGAGGCAGCACGCCGCAGCCAACGUAGAUGACACAAAGAGCUCCCUGGACCGGCCCGCUAGGACAUCACUAGAGUGGCAGCGGCAAGCCCAGGAGUGGAUAAGCUCUGCAGACCGCCAAGAGGAUUUCAGGAAAGCCCAACACAAAGCAGCCUUCGGAUCAGAAGAGGCACUCGUACCAUAUAGUAAACCCAACUUCCCAUCCCCUGGUGGCCACAGCUCUUCAGGAACAUCUUCUUCUAAAGGAUCGACUGGACCCAGAAAAGGUGAAGUCUUGCGAGGGGGUCACCAACGCAAUGCCAGUGACCUUCUCGAUAUAGGCUAUGUGGGAGCAAACAGUCAAGGACAGUUUACUGGUGAAUUAUAGUAGUUGAGAAGACACAUUGCAAGCUGCUCUGAUGGACCAUCAGGUCUGAACUCAUGGAAGUGAUGACACUAAACAGUGCAAUGAACAUUUUCUUUAUUUAUGUACUAUUAAAAGAACUGUAAAUGCAAUGUAAAGACACACAGCCACACAUAUCCCACAGAUACUUUACUUGUGUUCUUCUCUUUAAUACACCAUCCACCUUAAACUAUUCCUUGUCAGGAGUAUAUAAAAAAAAAAAAAAGAAAGAAAAAAAAAUCACCCUCCAGGAUUAAAAGGAUUUCCUUCUGUAUAUAAUUUCUUUUGUUGCAUUGCUAUGCAAGCUCACCUUCUUUUUAGCUAUGUUCAUAUUCAUGUCUGUUUUUACUGGUCUGUUGUACUAUAUGUGAAUUAAUAGGCUGUGGUGCCAUAUAUUAACUUUUAAUUGUGUAACUUUUAUGUUUAAAGUUUGCACUGCAAUUUUAUUUGGUGAUAAGCACAAAACUCUACUCCUCAUGACAUGAAGAAAAAAAGAGACUGAAUGUGUGAAGAAGGUUUACAUCCUGUAAGCUACUUUGGAUGUAAAGGAGUGUGUUAGGUGGUUUUCCAUUGGGGUGUAGAAAUGAGAAAGUGACAGGCAAAACUGAUGUCAGUGAAGACAUUAGAGACAGAUUUAAACCUUUUAAAAGCAAGCAACAUAGUUGCUCUUCCUAUUUAAGAAGGGGUCAGAAGUUGGAAGUGUGAGAUUAAAGAGUAAAAAUGAAAACUGAAGGUAGCAUGAGAUGGCCUAGACCCUUUCACUAGAGUGAUACCCUUAGUAUCUGCUUUUAGCCAUCCCAUGCCACUAAGGGGAAGAAAAAACAAAUCUUGCUACAAAUAAAAGAACUUAAGGUGUUUCACUAAAGCUGUUUUUAUUUUGCAGUUUUAAAGGAAUUAUUGCCAUUAAUUUUUUCAGCCCAAAACAUAGGACAGAGAUUUUUCAGGAGAAACAAACCACAUAAACACAAGGAAUACCUAGUAAGAAGAUAAGAAUGAAAUUUAUUACUAAGACAUAUUCAGGCUGCUUCCAAAAAAUUGAAAUGUCAGAGUAUCUUAUUUCAUCUUUCCAAUACAUGUACAGUAUAGAGGAUAAAGCUGCACCACUGAAAUUCAUGACAUUAAUUGUUUUGAUGCAGUCUACACAACCCUUUCUGUUCCAUACCUGAAGCCUGCAAUAGCUGAAGUUGGAUCCACUAAAUUUGUAGUAAAAUGUUCAGUUUUGGAAGGAAAGCAAUGGUCAAAUUAUUUUUGACUUGCAUUAAGUAUAUUUCUGGCAAUACAAUACAUCCAAAAAGUUGGAUAUAAGAAAAGGAGAUCUUUGACCUGUGUUUUAGUGAGUGGCUUCAAACUCUACUAUGAUGAGGAAAUAACGCAUGUUUAUACACUUUUUGAAUAAACUAGACUCUGUAAGUGGACAUUAAUGACAGCAUCCUGUCUCUUCAUUAAUUUUCAUGACUUUGUCCAAGUCUUCUUUACCUCUCAAAUCUCAAAGAAUAAAUUCUCAAGCUUUUCUUAGAAUAUUGUGUGUGGCUAACCCACCCAUUACUUUGAUGCUUAAUUUAAAUAUCGCAUCUUACAGCUUUUUUCUGUUAGUUAUCUGACCAUGAACACAAGUUUCCAUUGAAUACCCUUUUCAUAUAACCAGUCUAUGUUGUUUUAUAUUUUGCCUUGGAGCUCACCAGUAUUAAGAACACUUUUUGUCAUGGCAGAAUUUUAGAAAAGUAAAUUACAAUGCUAAAUAUGUGUUGCUUUUCAUUUCAUUAACUUGUUCCAUGAUAAGAUAAAACACGACAGCCAUCAACUAUAACUCAGCACUAUUGAAUAAGGAAAAAUGCUAGUUAGCUCCCUUAAGGUCAAGAUGUGUUAUUUAGCAAGUUGAAAACAAAAAAAAAGUUGAGGAAAAAAAGUAUGAAUUUAUUUACGUAUGUGACCAAUGAGUAUAUGCCAUUUUCCUGCUUGUUAAAACACUAUAGUAAAAAACAUAACUUCAAAAUGUUCAAAAAUGUUCAAGUAAGACAGAAAAUGCAGCAUAAUUACAUGUGCAUGGUUUUUAUUUUGGUAUAUACCAUAUGAAGAGAAGACUAUUUAGAGUACAAUUCCAAUUUAAUUCUCUGGAAAAUGUUUAACUCAGUCACUGAUAGUUGUUAUUUCCCCAUUUAAUUCAAAAGCUUGUGCUGAGCUUUGGUGGAACACCUUACUCACUCUGUUCUAUUCAAAAUUCAGUAUCUUUAGAGGUUGAUAAAGCCAUUCCAAUUCCUUUCAAAUAUGUGUUUUAUCUCUUCCACUGGAAAGUAAAUGUGUGUCAGUAUUAAAGCUGUUCAGUACCAUGAUAUUCACUAACUUGUCCAUCUGCUUCUGUACAUUUUUGUUCAUUAAUAAUUUGCUUACAAUAUUACAUGAGGUGUUGUUGUGUAUGGCAAAGUGUCUCCAUUAUCUUACAGGUGAUGUCUCUUCUUUUUUUUUCUCUCUCUCUUUUCUAUACAGUGUACUUCCAAUGAACCACAGUACAUAUUUUUUAAAAUGCCAUUUAAUUUACUAUUUUAAAAGAAGUAUUCUUCUUUUUUUAAAAAAAAUGAAAACAUUUAUUGUGAAUAAUGUGUUUAAAGAAAAGGGAUGUUGUGGCAGCACUUAGAAUUGUUUUUUAAUUUGUUUUUUUUAAAAAAACUGUUUAUUGGCUACAGUUUGUUCACGAAAAAGUAUGACCUCUUAAUGUGUUUCAUUGGUAUUGUUAGUGCAGCAAAGUUUAAUUGGCAUAAGAAGUUGGUUAAUAGUACUGUUGAAGUGUGUAUUGUAUAUUUACUGGGGAAAAAUAAAACAUAUUCACAUUUCAAAUCUAUGUUAAAAGACCUUGAGUAAGGAGUCAAUAUGUGAAAACCCAAACAGGGAAAAUCAGGCAAUAAUAACAUAGACUGAGCUAUAAUCAUCACUGUCCACUUACAGGUGACAAGGAACAUUUUAUACACUGUUUUUUGAACUAAGCCAGUGGCAAGCAUUGCCUGUCCUAGGGGUUUCUGUUUAAUGUCCUGUCUCUCCUGGAGCAGUUGUACCUCUGUAACGACACGGAUACAGCUGUUCCAGUGAAUAUUCUGCUUGUAGCUGUUCCCUCAGUGCGGGCAGGCCCUGAGGAGGCACGGCUGGCUCUGCCUGAAGCCCACAGAGCAGUGGAGGUGUAAAACCUGGUCUGAACCCUCAGACCUGGGGCGUGCUACUGGUGGGGCUACUGCCAACCCAGUACACAAUACCCCAAAGUGUACGGAUAGGUCAAUUUUUCUUGAUCUUUGUGCUGAAUACAUGCUCAAUUUUAAAUGCAGGAGGGCUGAAGGACCAAAUAAUGAAUUGUUCCAUGUGCUUCAGUGGUGUAUUGCUGUAUGGGCAGCCAUUUCAGUGAUGCAAGAAACAGACAUUUCCUUUUUUGAUGUUCUUUUUUUUCCCCUUUGUUUCUCAAGCACAUACCCAAGUCAGUAAACCUUUAGAAUACCUUUUGGUUGUCACCUGAGAUGCAACAGAAACACCAUUCCUUGGGAAAAGUACUAAAGAUAAGGUGCAUGGAAUGUUUUUAAGUAUGUUAAUUUAACUGCACACCAGUGCAAAAGGAAGACAUGACUGUUUGAAAUAAUUAUAUGCUGGUUUAUGCUUGCCUCAGCCCAUGCAUUGCCAGCCACGAGAAGAGGUGUGUACUGAGGCUGAGAAAGAGUCCUCACAACUGAAAGAGGAAAGGGAAUAGGGCUGGGGGAGAUUUUGGCAGGAACUUCAAUUUAAAAAAGAAAAAAAUUACAGGCAGCUCCUUUGGCUUGUCUACAAUUUAUGCAGUUUGGGGUUUUUUUAUGGUUAAUGGCCUUGUGGAGUCUUAGCAGGGGAACUAGAAAGAAAAAAGUUGACCUUUUGUAAAGAUUUGGGGGUACUUCUUUGCUGAGGGAGGAUUUUUUAAUUUAAUUUUUAAUUUUUUUAACACAUGUUUUGUGUUCCAUCUAUCUGGAACACAUUAGCUAAAAAAUAAAUUGUUUUUAAAAACCAUGUGGGGAGCGGACCAUUCAUUUAGGAGGCAAAUUCAAAUAGCAGGAAAAAGGAAUACUAAAAUAAGUAACACAUACUGGUUUAGAAACAGCCAAGUCCACCACAGUUUCACAUGCAAUUUUGAACAGUACAAGCAAUGAUGUGUAUAAACUUCAUUGCUUUUGCUUUGCAUACCAAAACAAAUUACCCACAGUCCAUAGGAGGCCUAGAUCCUGGGGACACUAAAUCUGGUGCUUUGUUUUAGAUGUGUGGUUAAUCCAGGCUGGUGAGAGUGGAGAAUGCUCAGGGUAGAACAGCCCUGGUGGCUCCAGACUCAGUGGGUCUCAGUGCAUCCCAGGCAGGUCAGCACCUGGAGGAAGGUCACUUCUCUGAGGAUGGAGAUUUCAGGGCAGGGAAGGUUUUCAAAGCCUGAGGCACCACGGGGGUUUGCACUGAGCUCUCUUUGGUGUGUCUCACAUUUUGGGACUGCCAUCCCUCAGUGCACUCAGUGCUGAUGCUGUUCCCUGGAUCUGGGGUGUUUGGCAUGGAGGCUGCAAGAGCAGAAGAGCCAUGGAGGUGCUCUGCAUGCAUUGAGUGGCUGGAUAUAUGGAUAAAAGCUUUAUUAAUUCAGGGGCACACAGGAGAGCAGUGGCAGCAGACAUCUGCUCUGCUGUGUCUCGCUGGUUCCCCUCCUCCCUUCAGGACUGAGCUCCUUCCUGCCAACUCUCCUUCACCCAAAUUAACAGAAACAGCUCACAGAUGUCUCAUGGGACACACAGGAGAUGUAGGGCCAUGCCUACAUGCACAGUGGGUAUUUGAGGAGAGGUAGCUCUGAGUUCCACAGCUGGUGUGAGGACCAGAUUCCUCUUUGACCUGACUGUAUUUAGCUGUGUAGCUACAUCCAGGAAGACCUGAGCAGAAAAUAAGUUCCUAGAGCAGAGCUCAGCAUUGCAGCAUCUCUUCUGGUAUGUGGCUCCUUAUUCAGUCUGUUGUAGGCAGUCCUGAGUUCACUGCUGAGUUCUCAGCACAUCCUGAGCGCUCAGAUGGUUUAUGCUGGAGAGUGAGGUUGUUCCUCUUGCUGUAGGAGAAUGCAAAAAAAAUCAAAAAAAAAAGAAAAGCCCAAACUUAAACCUUUCACUUUAAUACAAAGCUUUUAAAACAAUGUUCAAAAAUCACAGAAAACAGCAUUUCAGAUGUACGUUUGACAAUUCUUUUGUUUUCUUGGUAUUUUGUUUUGGCUACCUUUGAAAUGAUCCAUUUGGUUUUUUUUCAGAACUGUAACACUGUCCCUGCACCCUCUCACCCCUUGCAUUUUCCAGUACUUUCAUCUGUAAAGAAGUUAUGGUAAAGAAUAAUGGCAUUUGUGUACUUACAUUGUUCUAACUUUAAGCAACAAGGUGCACAGUUGCAUUCAGUUCAAUUGAUCAAAGCCAGAUGGGCACAAAUGUUUGUGGGGUUUUUUUUCUAAAAAGGCUUGCUAUUUGUGCUGAUAUUUGUUCCACAUUCAUGCUGAUCAGUGCAUCUUUUGCCUUCAAGGAUGCCAUUAGUAAUUCUCCUUUGUGUUCAAAAGCAGGAAUCCAUUGUGCAGCACUUGGAGAGCCACUCGGAUGCAGGUAAAGAAUAUAACAGCUUGAGCAAGUGCUAAUUAGAACCAAUUAAAGUUAAUUGACCUCCUUUGGCAGUAAAAUGCAUAAUAGAACUUGCUCUGUCCUUGCAAAAUGGAGAUCUUGCCUCUAAGCAUAAGAGUGAAGCAGGGUUUCAUGUAGCAGCCCGUGGUAAUUAUGUGGGUAUAACAACCAGGAAGCUGCUUGCUACAAUUUGUUCUAAUAACUGAGCUCUGCUGUAUCAGGGCAAUGCAAUAAAAGUGAGAUUUCUUCUCCAGUCUAUUUAAAAAACCCAAUUUUUACAGAGCAAAUGAGCAUCCCAAGAUACCGAUACUAAUCUCUAGGAAUGAGUUGGCAGAAAAAUAGAGUCCCUUUUCUAGGUAAGUAAUGGUGUGAGCGUAAAAAACAGGCAGUUUUACACCUGCUGGUUGGCAAUAGCCCUGAUGCUCAGAGGUUGCAUCUGUCCUGGUCAGUGGGGGAAGCUCUGGCAGGCCUGCACUCGUGUUUUAUUUCUGGGUGGAGGAUCUGCCCACAGUUCAGAGGAGCUCCCCACUCAACCUUGCCAUGAGGUUGCCUUUGGCAGACUUCUGUUGGAAAAAGGGCACUGGCAUCCACCCAGCUGAGGUUUGUGGUGCGGCAGGACUGCACCCCUGCCAUGGGCAACACGUGGUCACAGGUACCCAAAUAAAAGAGAGAGAAAGAGUGAAGGGUAGGAAAUGCAAAAUUGUAUAAAUCCAAAAGCAUCAGUGGUGGGUGCUAAACUAUAUACAUCGCUGUGAAAAGUUGAAAAGCCAUUUUUAUUAGUAAACCAGAAUUGAUCCAGUUUCUAUGACCAUGCUUUGGUGACUUUUUGCUUGGCAGGAACUGAAUGCGACUGAUUUUGCUGCUAACUUGGCCUUACUAUGAACAGCAAUAAAGGUGUUAGUCAGGUGGGGACUUUGAUGUGACCAGUAACAUCACUCUCCCUUCAGGGAAUGUUCUGUGCUGGCUUGUUAAUGAAUUUCUUUCCUAAUGAGUAUCAUUAAAAACCCUUUGAUUAGC